AUGGCGUCGAGCAGCACUGUAGCGCAAGAAGCUAGCAACUACGUCCCGCAGCACAGAACCGUCCGCCUACCUGUACAUCUCGGUUCCCGCGCCGGUCCGUUGGCUAUUCCAGUUAUUACCAAGCAAAGCAAUGAGGGUGCGGUGCCGGUGAAGAGGCCGGAGGACGACGAGAAUGUUGGGGCCGGGACUGGUCCUGCCAUGCCGUUAGAGCAAGAGCGGGAGCAGCCAGGAGAGUUGGUCCGGAUCCAGUCAAAACUUUCGCUGUGGGACUCGGAAGAACGAGAAGCUCAACUCCCUAAGCCUAUAGCAGUUGGUAUGCAGACGUUUCGGCCUUCAGACCAGAUUCAUGUCAUGGGGUUAGAUCUGGUUGGACGAUACAUCGCCCACACUCUGGCCGGCUGCCAAACCAUCCCCCCGGUCAGCUACAUGCUGCACAGGGAAAACCUCUACAAGCAAUGGUAUAAAGCCUCAAAGCAACUGAUACUGUACCGGGGCGACCUCCGCAUCACGCACCGCCGAGUCACAGCUGAUUACAUAUCUGACGAGCAAGCCGAGACUCAAAGUGGAAUCACGAUCCACAACCUGAUCGUGACUUUACCUGCGGCCCAAGUCGUGCAAGCUUUCAGGCGCAUCAGGCAUCGGCUUGAUCAUCGAUCAACAAUCUGUCUGAUCAACGAUGGGUUAGGAGUUGCAGAGGAACUCAUCGAAGCCUAUUUUCCCAACGAAUCGACACGGCCCAUCUUCCUUCUAGGACAUCUUACGACAGCCCUCGAUCAUACGUCCAGCAGAUUCUCCGUGGCCGAAGUUCGACCUGGAAGGCUUUAUUUAACGCUCAUGCCGCCACAGAAAGUGCAGGGCAGCCAACGGUUCCAGAUCAAGCGCCACCCUCCCGUGGUGCGGACGGCGAGAGCAACGCACUUCAUCCGGCUCCUAACUGCGAUGCCAGGACUCAAUGCGACCGGUCACCCGAUGGCCGAUUUUCUCCGGUACAAACUGCCGACGGUGGCAUUUCGGACCAUCGUGGACCCGUUGGCCGCUCUGUUCGGCUGCAGAUACGACGCUCUCUCCACCAACCCACACGCCAGACAACUGAUGGACCGCCUGGCCUGGGAGCUAUCGUGCGUGCUGUCCCAGCUGCCUGAAUGUCGCCACUCGCGGAGGUUCCGGCAUUUCGCUAGCACUAGCUCGCUAAGAGAGGAGGUGUACCACAGGUUGAUGCUACAAAGAACAGCCGACAGCAAGAUGCGAGCACAGGUUGCGGCAGGGUGGGACACGGACGUCGACUUCUUGUCUGGCUACUUCGUCAGACGGGGCCGGGAAAUGAACGUUGACGUUGCCGCGCUUGAGUCGGUCAUGGCGGCGUCCAAAGCGAAGCAAGUGAUGCUGCUGAAAAAACUGGAAGCCGAUAUACCAUUUGAUACGUCAGGAUCGCAGCGGUGGACCGCGGGAUAG